AUGCAUUCUUUACCACUUCCCCACCAAAUCGUACAAUCAGCUGCUCUCAGAAGAAUCGCACAAAAGUUAUGGACACGCGACCUCCUGGCGAUGGACUCUGUGUUUGUCGCGCCACUGGUGUUCCUAAUCAUAUUGUCAGCCAUGGCCUUUACAGGACUCUUCUACAUAACUUGGAAAGCAUGGACUUGUGCCCGAGAGGACCAGAAUAUCGACAUUGAAGCCGCUCUUACCAUAUCUCCGGAGCGUCGGCUAAGUUACUGGAUGAGCCAGAAUGUUGCCAUGAGACAAAACCCGGCUUUGAGACAGAAUUCUGCUACGAGGCAAAGCGGUAGCCUUGUCUGGACCACCAAUCUCGAGGACAAAGACAUACUUGACUUUCAAUUCUCGCUACCCUCACAAUCUCGGUUCUCCAUGGAUUCGGAGGUUUCUGUGGACACCAGCAUAUGUCCGCUGGACCGGAGUUAUAUUACCAAAAGCGAGCUCGAAAAAUAUUGCACCACCAUCACAGAGAUCGAGAUUGGGAGUGACACGUGCGAUUCAUCAUGUUCAUCCCGCUGUCAGUCUCCGGUCGGAAUAGUCAGGCUCACUGCCAUGGACAAGGGUCGUGCUGUAUCGCAACCCUUUUUGCAUCAGUAUGAAGACUUUCCGAAAGAGUUUCCAAGUGGACGACGAUCUACUCUUCCACACCACUACGUUCGGAUGCAAACAUGA